AUGGACACCAAGUCUCAGACGGUGACCGUUGGAGGGGGUGCUCUUUUCAGCGAUGUCAUCCCCACAGUUCUCAAUGCGGGUUAUGAGAUCGGGUCGGACCUGCACGGCCUCACUGCCGACACUGUGGUUUCCUACAAGGUUGUCACUGCGGCCGGAAAAAUCAUGACAGUCUCCGACUUCCAGAAUGCAGAUCUAUUCUGGGCUAUGCGAGUUGCCGGUCAAAACUUUGGAAUCGUCCUCGAAACUACCUAUAAGAUUUUCAAAGUGACCAACGGCGGCAAGGCUUUGAAUGUCGACCUUAUCCUGCCUGCCAGCGCCAAUGGUACGCACUGGGGACUUAUCAAGAAGUUAUCCAUCAACAUGCUCGACGAACUCUCCAUGUUUACGGGGCGCCAACUCCUCGCGCCUAUCAUCGCCAACAACCCUCUCGUAACCAAGAUCAGUUACAUCAACGCUAUUGAUUUAAUCCCUACCUCGUUGUUUGGACGCUUCAACGAUCCGAUGUGCAAGAAAAGUAACCACGUCAGCACCUACACGGUUGGCCUCAAGCAGAUUGACAUAUCCACGUUCAACACCAUGUUCCACGACAUGGCAGAUUUCUGGAAACAGUAUCCCCAAACGACAGGUAGCACAAUCUAUUACCAAACUCUUCCGGUCCAGGCUGUGAAGGCCGUCCCGUCCGGCUUCAACUCGUACCCGACAUCGCAUCGCGAAAUUGAAACGCAUGUACUUAUGACGUACAACUACAACGAUGCUAGUAUCGACGCGAUCGUGAGCGACUUUGCCGACAAGAACCGUCAGAACCUCGCCAAGACGAGCGGCUUCUCGGAGCUAGAGCUGUACACGACCUAUGCUCAUGGCGAUGAGGGCGCUAAAAUUUGGUAUCGCGACAGUCUCCCUCGUCUUCAGGAACUGAAGAAGUAUGAUCUGGAGAAUAGGUUCCGUUUCUUCAACCCCAUUGUUGCCUAG